UGCAACCAACAAUGCGUAACAAAUAAAUACGAAACUAAACUGAGCGAAAAUACGAAACUACAAACGCCAUAUUAUGGCGACAACGAGAGUGAAACCUGCAGUCGACUAUGCCAAGCUAAAUUCCGUCGGAAAAGAACAAAGCUCUGACGAACAACCAACAGAGAAAGGAGCACACAGUGAUCAGACGAUUCAACCGAAUCUUCCGCCCCCUCUUGCUGAAAAUCUAGACGAACAAAUCGCUAGAAAAAGACUAGAAGUCGAGAAGAAAAAACGACAAAUUCUUCAAAAUUUAGAAGCAGAAUCUAUCAAAAUAGACAAUAUCGUGCAAAGUUCGUACAAAACAAAUGAUUCCAACGACGAAACUGAAGAGGAGCCUGAAAGCAUUGACCUCAGAAAAGCCAGAAGACAGGAAAUCGCUCCUGGACUUCAGAACAAAAAUCGUACAAAGGAGCCAGCCGAGCCCAGAACAACUCCCAACAAAAACAAUGUCAGUGAACAAUUAAAUAUACACACACUACGAGGAAUGCAAAGACUUCAAGACGAGGUUAAUCAGAAGUUAGCCCAAAUCGCACCCGGAUUCCAGAAUCGACCAAUCACCACAAAAACCAACAAAACCAACAAAACCAAACAGAAGAAAGAGAAGAAGAUCCCCAAAGACAAAGACAUUAAGCACAAAACCAAAAAAGAUCAAAUCAAGGAGCUCAAAAAGCAAGCUAAUCGCAACAUGAUGUCUGCAUAUAACAGCAAAACCUGGCAGAAUUUAUACACACAAUGGAGGACUUUUCUUUUAUUUUGUGUUUAUUACAACAUGGCAUUUUUACCGGUUCAAACAGACACCGUUCUUAUUUACAUGCAAUUCUUGAGUAGGACUUUCAAAUCAGUGUCUUCAAUUUUAAAUUAUGUAAACGGCAUAAAAGUUCUACAUUUAUUACAUGAAUUGCCCUUUCCUUUACUUCAUAGGGAAUUCCAAUACAAACUCCUUUAUAAAGGUUUACAAAGAAAUAAUCUACACACCGUCAAAAGAGCUUUACCUAUUACCCCGGAAAUUUUAACUCAAAUUUUUGGCUCUUUAGAUCUAACCUCAGAUUUAGAGUCCACAUUUUGGUUUCUAAUCCUCACACUUACGUUCUUAUUCGCAAGAGCAGGAAACAUUAUCCCUUAUACAACUUCUACUUUUGAGAACAACAAACAUCUGUUACAACAAGAUAUUUUCAAACAAGACUCAGAUGGUUUGAUUUUCCUCAUAAAACACUCUAAAACAAACCAAGCAGCACAACGCAUUUUAACACUUCCCGUGUUAGCCAAAGAAAGUUCUCCCUUAAAUAUUGUGUCCGCAUUCAAUCAUAAAAAUUCUUUCCAUAAAUAUAAGAAAACUUCUCCAGCCUUUCUUUACUCAAAGAAUGGUAAAUUGAUUACAUUUACAAGGCAAAAAAUUCGUUAAAAUUUUGAGAAACAAAUUACAAAAUUUAGGAUAUAAUCCUUCAUUUUAUAGUGGACAUAGUUGCAGAAGAGGGGGAGCUUCCUGGGCAUUCAACGCUAACGUUACUGGUGAAGCCAUUAAGGCACAUGGAGAUUGGGCUUCGCAGUGUUAUCUUAGAUACAUAGAAUUGAAUAUCGCUUCCAAACUAGCAGUCAGUCAGAGAAUGUUAGCACAAAUUUAAUCAAAUUCACUACUUUACGCAUGGUAAAUGUUCAUAAGUUUAUUCUUGGCGCCUCGGCUUGGUGGGCGCGACCAGUUUGAUUACUUUAAAUUAUCAUGAAAACAUAAUAAAUAUGUUUUCUUGCAAACUAGUCGCCCUUGCGCCAAAUAAAUGUGUUAUAAGUUUCAUUUUACUUUAUGUUUUUAUGUUUUGUUUUAUUUUACGUUGUCUUGUUUUGAGU